GUUGUUACGCUUUUCAUGGACACGCUUCAACUUUUUAUCAAAGAAUACCAUUCUGUCCUUCAUGAUUGGCUUUAUGUUUUGAUGAUUCGACUUUUGAAUAGGCAAGGACACGAGGUUUUAGCUAGUCAUCAAAAGGCUAUCCAGGAGACCCUUGCUGUUGUCAGAUCUCAUUUUCCUCAUGUUCUUCAAUUCAACACUUGUUGUCGCUAUGUUUCUGACAACACACAAACUCCUGAUUUCCGAGUGAAAAGCUGUCUUCUCGAGCACAUGAAGGAUCUUCUUUUAAUGAUGGGCCCUGAUACAAUAUACAACUCAAACCCAGAGACUGUAAUGGCUGUUUCGCGCAUAAUCAGUUGGUCGACUGAGCCCAAAUCUGCAGAAGUCCGCCGUAUGGCUUCCCGAGUCGUAAUAAAGCUUUUCGACCUAAAUCCAUCAAACUUCUUUCAACUCAUCCAGAACAUCCCCCGACACUUCCAGGACAGAGCACAGGAUAUUCUCAAAACAUAUCAAAAUACCACAAGUGGUAGUGGUGGUCGUGGCAUCAACCUUAUGAUGGAUGCGAGAAACAAAAACAGCAGUUUUUCCCAGCUGUAA